AUGGGUGGAAGCUGUGGAGGAAUAAUGAGUCAUUCAGGAUUUGUCGAAAUAAUGAUUCCUGGGCUAAAAGUUGGUUUAACUAUUGCAAAAGGCGGAGAAACGAUAAAACAACUUCAAGAAAAAUCUGGAGCUAAGAUGGUUGUUAUUCAAGAAGGUCCUUCUCAAGAACAAGAAAAACCUUUAAGGAUAACUGGUGAUCCACCAAAGGUAGAAUAUGCUAAACAACUAUACAUCAUAUACUAA